GCGAAUAUGGGCUGCGGAACAAGCGCGAGGUCUCGCGGGUGUCCCCAUGGCGAAUAUGGGCUGCGGAACAAGCGCGAGGUCUCGCGGGUGUCCCCAUGGUGACUGUCCCCAUGUCCCUGUGUCCCCAUGGUGACCGUCCCCCUGUCCCUACAGGCGAAUAUGGCCUCCGGAACAAGCGCGAGGUCUGGCGGGUCAAGUUCACCCUGGCCAAGAUCCGCAAGGCGGCGCGGGAGCUGCUCACGCUGGACGAGAAGGACCCGCGGCGCCUGUUCGAGGGCAACGCGCUGCUGCGGCGCCUGGUGCGCAUCGGGGUCCUGGACGAGGGCAAGAUGAAGCUCGACUACAUCCUGGGGCUGAAGAUCGAGGACUUCCUGGAGCGGCGCCUGCAGACCCAGGUCUUCAAGCUGGGCCUGGCCAAGUCCAUCCACCACGCGCGGGUGCUCAUCCGGCAGCGCCACAUCCGGGUGCGGAAGCAGGUGGUGAACAUCCCGUCGUUCCUGGUCCGCCUGGACUCCCAGAAACACAUCGACUUCUCCCUGCGCUCCCCGUACGGCGGCGGCCGCCCCGGCCGCGUCAAGCGCAAGAACGCCAAGAAGGGCGCGGGGGGCGGCGGCGCCGGCGACGACGACGAGGAGGACUGA